AUGUCAUCCCAAAGUUAUGCCUCGACAGCUCGAGCUGCCAAAGUCCCCCAACCAGAAACGACUCCCAACUUCGCCGAUCCAAGCUUCGACCCAGCUGAUUUCCUGAAUGAAUCCCUUUCACCCCUGACCGUGGCCUCAUUACAACCCAAUGCCUCCCGAGUACCUGGCUCCGUGCCAUUGACCGAAUUAUCUGCGCAAGUGCAGUCCCUCCUUUCGCAGAUCAGUGCCCAAAAUGUUCGCCUGUCCAGUACACUUUCCCAGUUGAGCGAUGAAAUUCUUCGCAGUGGCGGGCGUCUUGCAUACGAGGUGGAGGUAUUGCGAGGAGAGACGAUCGGGUUAUCCGAAACCUUGACGGAAGUUCUACGCGACGAUAUCACAAAGUUCGUUCCGGAGUCCUCGAAAGAUUCGACUUCGGCUACUCGGAAAGUUGGCGUGGAGGAAGAAACGGCGGACGACUCUACAUCUAUAAAGGAGGAGGAAGCAGAAGAUGUAAAAUCAGAGCAAGGGAAGGGUGCAGCCGUCGCAGAUCCGGAGUACAUUACCAACCUACGCACUCUCAACCAAGUCCGCUCGCGAUUGGAGGAUGUGGUUCAGACUUUCGGCGAUGCGAUGGAGUGGCCGCUACCCCCGUCUGAGAUCUCAUUCUCUUCGUCUUUCAUAUCUGUCUCCGGACCCGACAUCAAUGUUGAUGGUGGUGACCAGGAAGAAAAGGGCCAAGAGAUUACGAAGAAAUUACGCACUGAAAUACUGGAGCUGCUGGACAGCGACGGUGGUGGACGUGAUGGGCUGGACGCAGCUGCUCGUCGCGUGGAGACGCUACGGACAUUGGCAAUUGUAUGGAAGGGUUCUGCGGAGGAGAAGGCACGACAGCGCUUCGUCGAUAAUUUGGGCCGUUUGGUGGAUGAGCGAAGACGCAAUUUGGAUCAUCAACAGGCGAUGGCUGAACAGAGCCAACGCGGACCCAAGACACGAUCCGACCCCAGGCGAGACGCUGAUAGUGGAGCAGGCACGGGUGGGCUAUUCCGUAACCUACAGAGACUAAAGGAAGAGAUCUAUUUAGAAUAG